AUGGAUCUCACUGGAGGAGAGGAGCCCCCCCACCACUGCCCCCCGGUGUGGACGCGAAGCAUGGAGCAGGAUGGAGAGCACCAGGCCGUCUCUGAACCCAAACUCAAAUGGAGCCCAGAAGAGGACAACAACCUCAAAAUCCUGGUGAAGAAUUUUGGCAACGAAGACUGGAAAACAGUGUCAAGCUUUCUCCCUGGCAGAUCAGAGAGACAGUGCAUGCAGCGCUGGAGCAAGAGCCUCAGCCCUGUGCAGGUGAAGGGCCCCUGGACCGAGGAGGAGGACCAGCAGAUAGUGGAGCUGGUGGCAGAGUAUGGGACCCGCAGUUGGCCCGUGAUAGCCCAGAGACUGGGGGGUCGUGUGGGGAAGCAGUGUCGUGAGCGUUGGAACAACCACCUGGACCCACAGGUGGACAAGAGCUGCUGGACCAGAGACCAGGACCUGCUCAUCUACAAGGCCCAGAGGGAGAUGGGCAACCGCUGGGCUGAGAUCGCCCGGCUGCUCCCCGGGAGGACAGAUAAUGCCGUGAAGAAUCGCUGGCACACACGGAUCAAGAAGCUGUCAGAGCAGGAGGCAUUUAGGAGGGAGGCAGAGGCUGUGUUCCUGAGCAAGAGGCUGAGAGAGGUACUAAAGAAGGAUGAGGACAUCGCACCGAUCACCCCCAAUAAGGACGAGGACAUCGCACCGAUCCCCCCCAAUGAGCUUAAAGAAGAGGAGGCCGAGACAGCGAUCAGACCUGUGCUCUCUCCUCGUGUGAAGACCCAGUCCUCCAAAAGUCCUCAGUCAGUGCGAGGUCCAGACCCCAGCUCCAGACCACACCCAGGACCCAAACCAAAUCCUGUCCCUAAACCCGGUCCCAGUCGGUCUCCGUCCGAAGCUGUGGACCAGAAGACUCUAGAGGAAGCUGCACUGAAGAUGAUCGCUGAGGACAUGCUCCCAAUGAGUUUCGUGGAGGGCGCUGGAUUCCGCUCCUUCCUGAACAUGAUGUGUCCUCAGUACAGCCGCCUCUCGCAACGUUCCGUGGGGCUGCGUCUCUACGGCGACGUGGAGAGGACCCACAAGCCUCAGCUGAUCCGGGACCUCAAAGCCAGCCUGGCCGCCCCCGGCCGGGACGGGGUAAUCCACGUGUCUGCUGACCUGUGGGCGAGCCCCUCUGACCCUGAGCCCGUGGUCCUGGUUCGGCUGCACUUCCUGAACGAGGCGUGGCGCCUGUGUCGUCCCGUCGUGGCGUUCCGACGCCUGGAGCAGGACCUGAGCGCCUCUCUGUGCCGCGAGCUGGAGGCCGUGCUGCUCAGUUACGGCAUCUUCCCCCAGAGCAUCGGCUACGCACUCACCAGCGACGCCAAGCACGCGCUGACCGCCAACCGCCUGUUCUGCGACUACACGCUGGCCCUGAACAAGGCGGAGGCCGAGGGGGAGGAGACUCUGUCCUUCCUGACCGACCAGCUCUGUGAUGUGGCGUCCCCCUGGUGUGAUCUCCAACUGGGCACCAGGUGGCACUGUGUGGGGCAGAGGCUGCAGCUGGUCCUGGAGGAGGCACUGGAGACAUGCAGCGACGUCAAGCAGCUCCUGAGGCAGCUCCAGAGCCUGGUCUCCUUCUUCAGGAACAAGACCAGCUGGAGCGAGAUGCUGGUGAAGGCCUGUGGCGCCCCCCUGUGGCCGCCUCCCUCCAGCUGCAGGUGGAACUCCUCUCUGCAGUGUUGGAGGAGGAUGUUGCAGGAGUCCACAUGGGGCUGUGUGCUGAAGGUCCUGGACCAGGCCCAGGGGAAGACCCAGACUGACACCCAGACCCCGGGUCAGGGCCCGCCUGUGGUCUCUGCAUCUCGGGAGCAGCUGGUGGACGUCCUGGGGCUGCUGGGACCUUUGGAGUCAGCCCUACAGGUGUGUGAGAGUCAGUCCUACAGACCCUCCAGGCCUCCUCCUCUCUCCCUCUCUCUCCUCCUCAGACCCUCCAGGCCUCCUCCUCUCUCCCUCUCUCUCCUCCUCAGACCCUCCAGGCCUCCUCCUCUCUCCCUCUCUCCUCUUCAGACCCUCCAGGCCUCCUCCUCUCUCAGCUGUGGUUGUAACCUCUCCCUCUCUCCUCCUCAGACCCUCCAGGCCUCCUCCUCUCUCCCUCUCUCCUCCUCAGACCCUCCAGGCCUCCUCCUCUCUCCCUCUCUCCUCUUCAGACCCUCCAGGCCUCCUCCUCUCUCCCUCUCUCCUCCUCAGACCCUCCAGGCCUCCUCCUCUCUCAGCUGUGGUUGUAACCUCUCCCUCUCUCCUCUUCAGACCCUCCAGGCCUCCUCCUCCUCUCUCUCCUCCCUCGUCCCCUCCCUCCUGCAGCUGGACAGAGGUUUACGCAGUCGUGUGAGUAGCUUCCCUCACUUCAGCCGCGCUCUAAGGACCGGGCUGCGCUCACACUUCCAGAGCCUCCUGCACGACCGGGAUGCGCUGCUCGCCGCCGCACUGGACCCCAAGAUCAAACUAAAGCCUUUUAGUGAGAAACCAGAGCAGCAGACGGACUUCUUGUGUCCCCCAUCCAAGUCUGAGGUCACCGCCAUCAUAGAAGCAGCUUUAGGGUCUCCCCACUGUCCCAGCCCUGCUCCAGGCGAGGAGAGCACACCUGCCCCUGCUCCAGCGGCACCUGCCCCUGCUCCAGCCGAGGAGAGCGUAGCCACACCCGCCCUGAGAGACAAGUGCACAGAGAACCAGUUGAAGCGCAAGGCUCCCUGCACGCUGCCCCAGCCACCGCAGAAGUGUGCCAAAACAAGCGAGCUGCAGUGCUACCUGAGCGAGCCCGCUGCGCCAGGAGCGACUCCUGCGGCCUUCUGGAGCGCAGCGCACAGGUUCCCCGCGCUGCAGAGCUGUGCGCGCAGGCUGCUGUCGGUGCCGGUGUCCUGCGGCGGCUUCGACAGAGUCUACUCUCUGAGCACGAGUCUGGUGCGAGCCCGAAGGAACAGUCUGCCCACAACCACCACUGAGAGACUACUGCUGUACAGAGAGGCGAGGAGGGGCAAUAUUCCAUCACACCAGGAGAUGGAGCCUCAAAACUCUCCCCAGGCUUCAGAGCUGGUGAGUUCUUCUCAGACAAACAUCAGCACUCAGCAUGAGGCCCAGACCAUAGACCAGAUACUGGAGAUGCAGUCUCCUCCAGUGGCCCCUCUGCAUGAGGCCCAGACCAUAGACCAGAUACUGGAGAUGCAGUCUCCUCCAGUGGCCCCUCUGCAUGAGGCCCAGACCAUAGACCAGAUACUGGAGAUGCAGUCUCCUCCAGUGGCCCCUCUGCAUGAGGCCCAGACCAUAGACCAGAUACUGGAGAUGCAGUCUCCUCCAGUGGCCCCUCAGCAUGAGGCCCAGACCAUAGACCAGAUACUGGAGAUGCAGUCUCCUCCAGUGGCCCCUCUGCAUGAGGCCCAGACCAUAGACCAGAUACUGGAGAUGCAGUCUCCUCCAGUGGCCCCUCUGCGUGAGGCCCAGACCAUAGACCAGAUACUGGAGAUGCAGUCUCCUCCAGUGGCCCCUCUGCAUGAGGCCCAGACCAUAGACCAGAUACUGGAGAUGCAGUCUCCUCCAGUGGCCCCUCAGCAUGAGGCCCAGACCAUAGACCAGAUACUGGAGAUGCAGUCUCCUCCAGUGGCCCCUCAGCAUGAGGCCCAGACCAUAGACCAGAUACUGGAGAUGCAGUCUCCUCCAGUGGCCCCUCAGCAUGAGGCCCAGACCAUAGACCAGAUACUGGAGAUGCAGUCUCCUCCAGUGGCCCCUCUGCACGAGGCUCAGGCUUUAGAGCAGAUUCUAUCAUUUUCAAAGUUGAACAAGUUCGACCUUGAGAUUCAGGCUCCUCCAGUCUUCGAGGCUCAGGCUGCAGAGGAGAUACAGUCUCUGCCAAUCAGCCCUCAGCAUGAGGCCCAGGCCUCAGCACAGAUCAGGUCUACACAGACUAACAUGCCAGACCUGGAGAUCAGUCCCCUGCAUGAGGCUCAGGCUUUAGAGCAUAUACGAUGGUUCACUGAGACCAACAUCCUUCAGACUGAGAUACCAGCUCCUCUGAUCGUCCCCCUGCAUGAGGCCCACAGGCACCAUGACAGACCUGCACAGGCCUCAGCACAGGCCUCGACAGAGGGCACCAUGACAGACCUGCACGAGGCCCAGGCCUUGAAUGAGGGCACCAUGACAGACUUGCAUGAGGCCCAGGCCUCAGCACAGGCCUCGACAGAGGGCACCAUGACAGACCUGCGUGGGGCCCAGGCCUUGACAGAGGGCACCAUGACAGACCUGCGUGGGGCCCAGGCCUUGACAGAGGGCACCAUGACAGACCUGCAUGAGGCCCAGGCCUUGACAGAGGGAACCAUGACAGACCUGCGUGAGGCCCAGGCUACAGAGACGAUACAAUCAUUUCCAGAGUCUAAAAUGACAGAACUGGAGAUGCAGUCUCCUCCAAUCGUCCCCCUGCGUGGGGCCCAGGCCUCAGCACAGACAGGAUCUACAGAAAACAAGAUGCCAGAGAUCGGCCUCCUGCAUGAGGCUCCGACUGUAGACCAGAUACAAUCAUUGACCAGGCCAGACCUGGAGACUGGGUCUGCUCGGAUCAGUCCUCUGCUCGAUGCCCAGGCGACACGGCGGCCUCCAGACCUUGUUCUCCCUGUCGUCUCUCAGAAGCGCCUGGCCCCGAUCAUCGACUCCUUCUGGAACACGAUGGCGAACGCAGACUUGUCUCAGCGAGCGUCCAGAGCGCGGCUUGCUCAGCUGUUCUUGGAGAUGGUGACCGUGAGCUGCACAGAGAUGCUCUCUGCUUUCUCUGCUGUUGUUUCCACUCAUCCCUCGCCACAGACACGGCCUCAGGUCUCUCAGACCAGCGUGAAGAAGGCCUUCCUCUGCACCAACAUCUUCAAGUCCAGAUGCUGCAGACGACCAAAGGCGUCUGAGGACCAGCUGCUUCAUCUGGUGAGUCUGGAGGUGGCCAACGAGGUUAACGCAGCCCUGUCUCAGGACCAUGGGAACAACCAUCAGGCACCAGCAAAGACCAGGCAGGAGUCCAGUCUUGUGCGACUCAUGAGGGCUCUGAAGAGGCACUGUGCGUGUCUGGGCCCUCAGCCUGGAGGCCCCUGUGCUCCAGAGAAGUCCACCAAUGAGUCAGGAACUGAAGGCUACAUCCCAGGCCUGUCGGCUGAGCAGGUCUGCACCCAGGCCUCUCCUCCACACCUGAGGGAGGCCACGGAGGCGGCCCGAGACAUCCUGGAGAAGGAGGCCCGAGAGGCUGUGGAGGCGAGCGGAGAGGAGGUGAAGGAGUUCUCCAAGUCCCUGAGCCAGAGGAGCAGGAACACAGCCCAGAGUGUGGUCAGCAGCCUCAUGAGGGAACACACCAAGCAGAGCUGCCUGAACCAAACGCAGCAGAAGAUCAAGUCUUUCUUUGUCCUUUGCUUCGCUGAGAGCUGCUGGAAGAAGGUGCUAAGAAGACUGUGCUGUCACGUCCCACAGUCCUCUUCAUCCGUGGAGAACAUCCUAGAGGAGGCGUCGCCAGUGCUAAAGGAGCUGGUGAAGGAGGAGGCGCUGCAGCAGGAGCAGUGCCUCUACAGGAGACUGUCCCAGGACAUCCAAGACCGUCAGUUUGAGAAGCUGAGUGAGCACCUGGCUCAGAUCCUGUCAGACAACAUGGCUGCACAGGAGGAGCAGGAGGAGCUGAAGGAGGAGGUGCGCCCUCACGUGGACUCGUUCAUGUCCCGCCUAAAGACCUGGCUCCACCUCCAGCAGAGCCAGACGCCCCGCCAGGACCCGGUGAGACGAGCCCUGGCCAAGAUCCACACCCUGACAGUGUCCAUGGGGCAGCAGCGAGCUCCCAGACUGCCCCCUACACCUCCACCGCCAUCAGACGCUCGUGUUUCUGUGGCGGGCGCCGUGUGUGCGACCGAACCAGCAGCACAGACGCUCGUAGCUUCUGGUCCCAGUCCUGGCUCUGAAGAGUGGAACCGGUUUCACAUGGCGGGCCUUGUGUACGAGGUGGUGUCUCUGGUGUUGCAGACGGACAGGUUUGCGGAGCUGAAGUCUCUGUCCGAGGAUCUGCUUCAGGAGCUUCGUCCGGAGAUGUCGCGGUGGAACAUCAGAGUGAGGCCUGAUGUCUGCAGCAUCAGGGAGGCGGCCCGAGCAGUGUACAGCCACCUGUGCCAGGACCGGCAGAGGAACUGGGUCACUCUGGACGCCAUGAUCGGAGGGGACUACAUCGGAGUCAUCGUCCACCACAUACGCAAACAUCUCAUCGCUCCCACGGCUCUCCUCCCCUCUCCCUCUCCGAUCGUCAUCUCUGCCCCAAAACAUCUGUCUGUGGACCCCAGAGAAGACCCCAGAGCGGACCCACAGAGGACCGACCCCAGAGAAGACCCCAGAGCGGACCCCACAGAGGACCGGACCCCACAGAGGACCCCACAGAGGACCGGACCCCAGAGCAGACCACAGACCAGACCCCACAGAGGACCGGACCCCACAGAGGACCGGACCCCAGAGCAGACCACAGACCGGACCCCACAGAGGACCGGACUCCAGAGAGGACCCCAGACCAGACCCCACAGGGGACCGGACCCCAGAGCAGACCACAGACCAGACCCCACAGAGGACCGGACCCCAGAGAGGACCCCACAGAGGACCGGACCCCACAGAGGACCGGACCCCACAGAGGACCGGACCCCACAGAGGACCGGACCCCAGACCGGACCCCAGAAUAGACCCCAGAGCGGACCCCACAGAGGACCGGACCCCACAGAGAACCGGACUCCAGAGAGGACCCCAGACCAGACCCCACAGAGGACCGGACUCCAGAGAGGACCCCAGACCAGACCCCACAGAGGACCGGACCCGAGAGCAGACCACAGACCGGACCCCAGAGUAGACCACAGACCAGACCACAGACCAGACUCCAGAGCGGACCCCCCUCUCCCCAGCAUGGCCCUGUACCUGAAAGCCGCAGAGAUCCUGGAGAAGGCAGAGAAGAAGCAGGGCGCCCUGAAGACCCUGGUCUACGACAGUAAGAGUCCGAGCCUGAAGCAGCUCUUCGCUCUGGUCUUUGAGACCCACAAGUUCUCCUCGGUUCUGGAGGAGGUGAUCACGGCCACGAAGCUCCUCAAAGUCUCCAAGCUGCGCCUCCCUCUGGCCAAAGUGCUGGUGUACGACCUCCUCAUUGGGAGGGGCCUGAAGUGCGGAGGAGCCUGGAAAGUCCUGCUCCUGAAGCACCGCGUCCGCCUGGAGGCUGCUCUGGCCCGGAUCAAAGUGAGGAGAGGGGCCCGGGAGAACCAGGACCUGAUCUCACCCAAGGUCCAGGAGGCCAAGAACCUGCCCAGGUAUGUGCGUGUGAACACUCUGAAGACCUCUGUGGAGGACACGGUGGACUUCCUGAAGAGGGAGGGUUUCUCUUACCGCGGUGAGGCUCAAACCCAGGACCAGCUGCUGCUCAGAGGGAAGGUCUUCGCUCUGGACUCGGACAUCCCAGAGGUCCUCAUCUUCUCUCCCAACACCCACCUCUACCAACACCCCCUCUACCAGGCCGGGCACAUCAUCCUGCAGGACAAGGCCAGCUGCCUCCCUGCCUACCUCCUGGCACCUCCUCCUGGCAGUCAUGUCCUGGACGCCUGUGCAGCUCCUGGGAACAAGACGAGUCACCUGGCGGCGCUGAUGCAGAACCGUGGGCGGCUGUGGGCCGUGGACCGCGACGCCCGGAGGAUCUCCACCAUGGCCACGCUGCUGCUGAGGGCCGGGGUCACCUGCCACCGCAUCCAGCAGCAGGACUUCCUCCAGACCGACCCCCGGGGGCCCGAGCUCCAGGAGGUGGAGUACAUCCUGCUGGACCCCUCCUGCAGCGGGUCAGGCAUGGUGUGUCUGGACCAGGACUCCCCCGCAGACCCGGCCCGCCUGGCCUCUCUGGCAGCCUUCCAGCUCCGCUGUCUCCAACACGCUCUGAGUUUCCCUCGACUGCAGCGACUGGUUUACUCCACCUGCUCCACCCACCGCCAGGAGAACGAAGACGUUAUCUCCACCUGUCUGAGGGACCAGCAGGCCUUCAGGUGA